CACGUCAACGCCCGGCCGCGCCACACCGCCGUCAUCAGCCUCUGCUCCGGGAUGCUAGGCACGUUCAAGUCUGACGAUGGGGACUACUUCGUAGAGCCGCUGCUAUCGCUCGAAGAACAGGAAUAUGAAGAAGAGCACAAUAAACCACAUCUAGUCUACCGACACCGGACACCUCCAACCAACUCUUCAGGGAACAGGCAGACUUGCGAUACGCCAGACCAUGAACACAGUCACAAAAAGAACAAGCGGAAACACUGGAGAAGACAGUGGGCAGAAAGCAGCAUAUUAUCUGACAUGGAGAUGUUAAAACACAGCCUGGAAGUGAAUUCGUUUUCUGCGGAUAGCAACAAGACUGCGAACAUUGGUGAAAAGAAGAGCCACAGAAGAACAAAGCGGUUUCUGUCCUACCCUCGGUUUGUGGAAGUGAUGGUGGUGGCUGACAGCAGGAUGGUCGCCUACCAUGGUGCUAAUCUACAGCACUAUGUCUUAACAUUAAUGUCAAUAGUAGCUUCUAUCUACAAAGACCCAAGCAUUGGAAAUUUAAUUAAUAUUGUUAUUGUGAAAUUGGUCGUGAUACAUAAUGAGCAGGAUGGUCCUGCAAUAUCUUACAAUGCCCAGACAACGUUAAAAAACUUUUGCCAAUGGCAGCAAUCCCAGAACCACCCUGAAGGAAGUCACCUUCAACAUGACACAGCUGUGCUUGUUACCAGACAGGAUAUUUGUAGAGCGCACGACAAAUGUGAUACUCUGGGUCUGGCAGAGCUGGGCACAGUCUGUGACCCAUACAGGAGCUGUUCAAUUAGUGAAGAUAACGGACUGAGCACUGCUUUCACAAUAGCACAUGAACUUGGCCAUGUAUUUAACAUGCCACAUGAUGACAAUCAUAAGUGCAAAGAAGAUGGAGGUAAAAAUCAACAGCAUGUCAUGGCACCGACGCUGAACUUCUACACCAAUCCCUGGAUGUGGUCAAAAUGCAGUAGGAAAUACAUCACUGAAUUUCUGGACACUGGUUACGGGGAGUGUUUGCUUGAUGAACCUUCAUCAAGAACUUACACAUUGCCUCAGCAGCUCCCGGGCUUGAUUUAUGACGUCAACAAACAAUGUGAGUUAAUUUUUGGACCUGGAUCUCAAGUGUGCCCGUAUAUGAUGCAGUGUCGGCGACUUUGGUGUAUUAACAUCGAUGGUGCGCACAAGGGAUGUCGUACCCAGCACACGCCUUGGGCUGAUGGGACAGAAUGUGAGCCUGGAAAGCACUGCCGGUUUGGGAUGUGCGUGCCCAAAGAGCGAGAGGCGCCGGUGACAGAUGGAGCGUGGGGGACGUGGAGCCCUUUCGGGACCUGCUCGAGAACCUGCGGCGGUGGCAUAAAGACGGCGAUACGAGAGUGCAACAGGCCCGAGCCUAAAAACGGUGGGAAAUACUGCGUGGGUCGUCGCAUGAAGUUUAAAUCCUGCAACACCGAACCGUGCUCGAAGCUGAAGAAGGAUUUCCGGGACGAGCAGUGUGCCGACUUCGACGGGAAGCACUUUAACAUCAAUGGGCUGCCCACGAACGUGCGCUGGGUGCCCAAAUACAGCGGCAUUCUGAUGAAGGAUCGGUGCAAGUUGUUCUGCCGGGUGGCGGGAAACACGGCGUAUUACCAGCUGCGGGAUCGUGUCAUCGACGGGACGCCCUGCGGACCCGACACCAACGACAUCUGCGUGCAGGGCCUUUGCCGGCAAGCUGGAUGCGAUCAUGUGCUGAAUUCAAAAGCAAGAAGAGAUAAAUGUGGUGUUUGUGGUGGGGAUAAUUCUUCAUGCAAAACUGUUGCAGGCACAUUUAACACGGUGCAUUAUGGCUAUAACGUUGUGGUCCGCAUCCCAGCUGGUGCAACAAAUAUUGAUGUGCGUCAGCACAGUUACUCAGGGAAACCAGAGGAUGACAACUACCUGGCCUUAUCUAACAGUCAAGGAGACUUUAUAUUAAAUGGAGACUUUGUCGUCAGUAUGUUUAAAAGGGAAAUCAAAGUUGGGAAUGCUGUGAUCGAAUACAGCGGAUCGGAUAAUACUAUUGAAAGGAUUAAUUCUACAGAUCGGAUUGAGCAAGAAAUAACGCUUCAGGUUUUAUCAGUGGGCAAUUUGUACAAUCCCGACGUUCGUUACACGUUUAAUAUCCCCAUUGAGGACAAACCUCAGCAGUUUUACUGGAACGCGUAUGGCCCGUGGCAGCCCUGCAGUAAGCUCUGCCAAGGAGACCGAAAAAGGAAACCAGUGUGCACGAGAGAGUCGGAUCAGCUCACAGUGUCGGACCAGCGAUGUGAUCGCAUUCCCCAGCCUGAGCCCAUCACUGAGCCUUGUAGUACAGAAUGUGAAUUAAGGUGGCACAUAGCGAGGAAGAGCGAGUGCACAGCGCAGUGCGGGCUGGGCUACCGCACCCUGGAGAUCUUCUGCUCCAAGUACAGCAGGCUGGAGGGGAAGAUAGAGAAGGUCGAUGACCGCUUCUGCAGCAGCCAGCCCAAGCCGAGCACGAGGGAGAAGUGCACUGGAGACUGUAACGUGGGCGGGUGGCGGUACUCGGCCUGGACCGAGUGCUCCAAGAGCUGCGGCGGGGGCACGCGGCGGCGGCGAGGCAUGUGCGUAAACGACGUCCUGGACGACAGCAAGUGCAGUCAGCAGGAGAAGCUGACGGUGCAGCGGUGCAGUGACUUCUUGUGUCCCCAGUGGAAAACUGGCGACUGGUCCGAGUGCCUGGUCACCUGUGGAAAAGGGCAUAAACAUCGGCAGACCUGGUGCCAGUUUGGAGAAGAUCGGUUAAACGACAGGUUUUGUGAUCCCGAAACGAAGCCGGAGUCGGUGCAGACGGGCCAGCAGCCGGACUGUCAGACCUGGCACUUCUUUCUCCUGUCUGUCCUCUCCCAGUGCACCAUGACUUGUGGCCAAGGCUACCAGAUGAGAGCGGUGAAGUGUGUCGUGGGCACCUAUGUGUCGGUGGUGGAUGAUAACGAGUGUAAUGCUGCAACCAGGCCAACAGAUACCCAGGACUGUGAAACAGCAGCAUGUCCUCCCCAUCCAAAUAGUCCCGAAGCCAAGAGAUCCAUAUCGGGCGUUCAUAGGACGCAGUGGAGAUUUGGAUCCUGGACACCGUGCUCUGCAACGUGCGGGAAGGGUACUCGCAUGAGAUACGUCAGCUGUCGGGAUGACCAGGGUUCGGUGGCCGACGAGUCAGCUUGUUUCCACCUCCCAAAGCCGUCAGCCACGGAAAUGUGCACCGUGACGCCGUGUGGGCAGUGGAAGGCCUUGGAGUGGAGCUCUUGCUCGGUGACUUGUGGUCAAGGUAAGGCAACGCGACAAGUGAUCUGCAUCAAUUACAGUGACCAGCUGGUGGAUAGGAGUGAGUGCGAUCCAGACGACCUCCCUGCCACUGAGCAAGACUGCUCCAUGUCUCCUUGUCAUUCAAACAGCCAUGACUACGGCAGGCCCAUCCAUCCUUUCCUCUAUCCGGAUCAUCGCCUGAAACUGCACCCCGGAGGCAGCCCGAACCGUAACCGUGCACAUAUACCGGGAGGCAAUCAGUGGAGGAUUGGCCCCUGGGGUGCUUGCUCUAGCACGUGUGCGGGGGGAUUCCAGCGGCGGGUCGUGGUGUGCCAGGAUGAAAACGGAUACACCGCGAAUAACUGCGAUGAGAAAAGCAAACCCAUGGAGCAGAGAUCGUGCGAAUCUGGCCCCUGUCCUCAGUGGGCUUAUGGCAACUGGGGAGAGUGCACGAAGCCAUGUGGGGCAGGGACAAGAACACGGCUGGUGGUGUGCCAGCGCCCGAAUGGAGAAAGGUUUACAGAUCUGAGCUGUGAAAUCCUUGACAAGCCGCCAGACAGAGAGCAGUGCAAUGUGCAGGACUGUCCUAGAGAUGCUGCCUGGAGCGCUGGUCCUUGGAGCUCGUGUUCUGUCUCCUGUGGAAGGGGCCAAAAGCACCGCAAUGUGUACUGUUUGUCAAAGGAAGGGAGGCAUGUAGAAGAAGAUUAUUGCAAGCACCUUGCUAAGCCCAAUGUGCAAAAGAAAUGCAGAGGGGGCAGAUGUCCGAAGUGGAAAGCAGGAGAUUGGGGACAGUGCUCGGUGUCCUGCGGCCGGGGCGUCCAGCAGCGCACCGUGCACUGCCACGGUGGCAUCCCGAAGGCAGCCGAGGCGGCAGAGUGUGACCCGGGCGGCCGGCCCCCUGCGCAGCGGGACUGCCACCUCCCCCAGUGCCCCGCGCACCGCUGGGCGGCCGGCGAGUGGCAAGCGUGCACAAAGACGUGCGGGGAGGGGUCCCGGUACCGCAAGGUGGUCUGCGUGGAUGACAACAAGCAGGUGCAGAGCAGCGGCUACUGCGACACCAGCAAACGCCCCCCCGAAAUUGAGAGCUGCGGGCUGCCACCCUGCGAGUACGUCUGGAUCACCGGGGAGUGGUCGGAGUGCUCCGUCACGUGUGGGAAGGGAUACAGGCAGCGCCUGGUGUCCUGCAGCGAGAUUUACACCGGGAAGGACCACUACGAGUACGGGUACCAGAACACGGUCAACUGUCCUGGCACGCAGCCGCCCAACAUCCAGCCCUGCUACCUCGGGGAGUGCCCCGUCUCGGCAUCCUGGCGCGUCGGCAAUUGGGGAAGCUGCUCCGUCACCUGUGGCGUUGGAGUCAUGCACCGGUCUGUGCAGUGUUUGACAAACGACGACCAGGUCAGCGGCUUGUGCCACGCGGAUCUGAAACCCGAAGAGAGGAGAACGUGUCACAACGACCAUGACUGUGAAUUACCAAGGAGUUGCAAAGACUUUAAAAAUCUCAAAGGUGUCACUGAAGACGGCGAAUAUUUCCUUCAAGUCAAAGGAAAGACACUGAAGGUGUAUUGCUCUGGGAUGCAGACUGACAACCCAAAGGAGUACGUGACCCUUGUAAACGGGGAUGCAGAGAAUUUUUCAGAAGUGUAUGGAUACAGAUUGCAUAAUCCGACUGAAUGUCCGUAUAACGGGAGCAGACGAGAAGACUGCCAGUGUAGGAAAGAUUACACAGCAGCUGGGUUUUCCACCUUCAGCAAAGUAAGGCUGGACCUGAACACUAUGCAAAUAAUAACGACCGAUUUACAGUUCGCACGGACACAUGAUGGACGACCUGUUCCUUAUGCCACUGCUGGGGACUGCUACAGCGCAGCCAAAUGCCCGCAGGGUCGCUUCAGCAUAGACCUUUAUGGGACAGGCCUGUCCUUAAUGGGAACAGCAAAGUGGCUCUCGCAAGGGAAUUACGCAGUGUCGGAAAUUCAGAAAUCCCCAGAUGGUACCAAAGUAGUAGGAAAAUGUGGCGGUUACUGUGGGAAGUGUACUCCAUCAUCUGGAACAGGCCUCGACGUUCAGGUGUUAUAG